AUGGCGCUCUCUGGUCCCUUCCAGCUAGCCACGGCUGUCCUUGUUGCAUGUCUUGCCCAGAUUGUUGCUGGUCAGCAACCUGGAACCAGCACUCCCGAGGUCCAUCCCAAGUUAACGACCUACAAGUGCACAAAGUCUGGAGGAUGUGUGGCUCAGGACACCUCCAUCGUCCUUGACUGGAACUACCGCUGGAUGCACGACAAGAACUUCAACUCGUGCACUGUCAACGGCGGAGUAAACAGCACUCUUUGCCCUGAUGAAGCGACUUGUGGUGCCAAUUGCUUCAUCGAGGGCGUCGACUACGCUGCCUCUGGGGUCAAGGUCUCGGGUGAUUCUCUCACCAUGAACCAGUACAUGCCCAGCAGUACUGGCGGGUAUAGCAGCGUAUCUCCUCGACUCUAUCUCCUGGGAUCCGAUGGAAACUAUGAGCUGCUUCAGUUGAACGGUCAGGAGUUGAGCUUCGAUGUCGACCUCUCAACUCUGCCCUGUGGAGAGAAUGGCGCCCUUUACCUCUCCGAAAUGGCUGCGAAUGGCGGUGCCAACCAGUACAACACAGCUGGCGCCAACUAUGGAAGCGGUUAUUGCGAUGCCCAGUGCCCCGUCCAGACCUGGAAGAAUGGAACCCUCAACACUAACCAUUCAGGCUACUGCUGCAACGAGAUGGAUAUCCUUGAGGCCAACUCGAGGGCUAAUGCAUUCACUCCUCACUCCUGCACGACUAAUGCUUGCGAUGCUAGUGGUUGCGGUUUCAACCCCUACGCAAAUGGAUUCCAACGCUACUGGGGCCCUGGGUUCACACUUGAUACCUCAAAGGCCUUCACCAUCAUUACACAGUUCAACACGGACAAUGGUUUGCCAUCCGGCAACCUUGUGAGCAUUACACGCAAGUAUAGACAGAAUGGCGUUGACGUCCCGAGUGCUCAAUCUGGUGGCGACACUAUUUCAUCUUGUUCGUCUGCUUCAGCCUACGGCGGUCUCACAACCAUGGGCAAGGCUCUGGCAAACGGCAUGGUAUUGGUAUUCAGCAUCUGGAACGACAACGGCGGAAACAUGAACUGGCUGGAUAGCGGCAAUGCCGGUCCCUGCAGCAGCACAGAGGGUAACCCGUCCACCAUUGUUGCCAACAACCCGGGCACUCAUGUCGUCUUCUCCAACAUCCGAUGGGGCGAUAUUGGCUCAACUACUGGCUCAUCCGGCGGCACACCUCCUCCUAGCACAUCCAGAACCUCCACCACGCCUCCUCCCAGCACGACCCUGAGGACUUCUACUUCAAGCAGGACAACUACCUCGACUGCUGCAGGCUGCACUCAAACCCACUGGGGCCAGUGUGGCGGUAACGGAUAUACCGGCUGCAAGAUUUGCACCGCGGGCACAACUUGCCAGUACAGCAACGAUUGUUAG